AUGAGCGAUGCACUGUGCGGUCCGUCCAACGCGCUUCAGAACUUCCAGAAGCAUGCGUCUGUCGACCGGACUCUGCAGCAAGAUCGGUUGACCUCCAGGCAGUCACCGGCUCAGGGAUUCCGAUCACAAAGCCCUCGGGAUGGAAUAUUAGACCCGGAAUUCGCGGCAUUCGAAGCCAACAUCGGGGGACCCGCGCUGCCAGAUCUUCAACAUCCAGCUCAUUUUGGUGCACCGACACAGGUUCACAUUCCCCCCAACGUGAGCAAUGGUUGGGCAUCAGACUUUCAGAAUCUACAUAUCUCCGGACCACCGGCCCCGCAACUACAAAGACCAAAUGUUGCGCCAGCCCAUUCAGGGUGGCAGAAUGAAUUCAUGAGCCAGCACCAGCAGCGGGCGUCUGCACAUCAUAUGCAAGCCCAGCCAGCAACAACUAAUCGAGCAUUCCAACCUGCCUUCGCUCCCAACUACCCGAUGUAUAACGCCCCGAUGAAUGCACACCAAGUCCCACAGCAAGCACAUGAACAGCACUCCGUAUCAAAGGAACAGUUUGAUGAGUCUGCCUUUGAGGCGGCGUUUGAGCAAGCUCGCGCAGAUAUGGAGCUUCAGGGUGCUGAGACCACGCCGGACAUUGAACAGCAUUUACAUGAUACCAAUCAGGUUGAAACGACCGAACCUGUUCAUGAAGAACAUCGAAUUGGAUCCGAUACUAUUGUCCAGACCGACAAGCAAGAUCCACUUUUUCAAACCCGCGAUGCAGAUGCUCUUGCCCAGACGGCCGGUCAACUCCUCGAUAGCGUUCGCCAUGAGCAAAGUGAAAAGUUCCAGCAAAGCAACUUCCUCGCCUUGAUGCGCAGAAUUCGUGAUCGGGAGGUGGAGGUGAAUGGGGACGAAUUUCGCGAAACAGCACAAUCACUCCAUCCUGGCGGGCGACUCUACCCGGGCCCACCCUAUCCUGGGAAUACUACUGAACAGGUCGCCAGUCCCAGUAAGGAGCCUUCCCACCCUGUCGACGGGAUCUAG